AUGGGCGAACACAUUAACGAGGUUCCUUUCACCCUCAAAGAUGUGCCGGUCGAGAACCAGAGGCCCAUGAAAGUCAUCAUCAUCGGGGCAGGCUUCUCAGGUAUCUACACUAGCAUCAGGAUAUCUCAGCGGCUCAGAAAUGUUCAGCUGCAGGUAUACGAACAAAAUGAUGGACUCGCGGGUGUGUGGUGGUUGAACCGCUACCCAGGGCUAGCAUGCGAUAUUCCAUCCUACUCUUAUCAGUUCAGUUUUGCCCCGAACCCAUACUGGUCCUCUCUCUACGCCCCAGGACCCGAGAUUCGAGCUUAUAUGACGGACGUUGCUGAAAGAUAUGGUGCCACACGCUAUAUCAAAACUUCUCACGCCGUCAAGGAGUGUAUUUGGGACGCUGGGAAGAAGAUUUGGAGAGUCAAGGUCCACAACAUCAAGACCGACGAAAUCUUCGAGGACACUGCAAAUGUCGUCAUAUCAGCCAAGGGCGGCUUGAAUCAGAUUAUGUGGCCCCGAAUCAAAGGCUUUGGAGACUACAAAGGAAAGCUCAUUCAUUCUGGCCAGUGGGAUGAGAGUGUCGAUCUUCGCCACAAGCGGGUAGGUGUUAUUGGCAAUGGGUCCAGCGCUAUUCAGAUUGUGCCAGCCAUUCAACCGCUUGAGGGGACCAAGGUUUGGAACUUUGCCCGAAGUCCUACUUGGGUAUCAAACUCCUUUGGGGACAUUGCAAUGAUGAAGCUUGGAAGAGAGCCUGGAGAUUCAAAAUUCUCUCGCCGGGAGCAGGAAUACAUGGCACGGCAUCCGGACCACUACCACAAAAUGCGCAAGACAUUGGAGAAGGAAGCCAGCAAAAAGUACUUUUUCACUCUCAAAGACUCACCUGAACAGGCCAACGCGGUGGGCAAGUUCCAGGAUUACAUGAAGAAACGCCUAGAGGGCCGGCCUGAUCUUUACGAAGCCAUUAUCCCUACAUUUGCUCCUGGAUGCCGCCGACUCACCCCAGGACCAGGAUAUCUGGAGGCCCUCAAGGAGGACAACGUUACAUUCUGCAACACACCUAUUCAGGAAAUGUCUGAGAAGGGUCUGAAGCUCAGCACCGGAGAGGAGAUAGAAUUGGACGUUGUGGUUUGCGCGACAGGAUACAACGUCGGAGCACCACCAACAUUCACAGUGACUGGCCGCAACGGCGUGACGCUGGAGCAGAAGUGGGCACCUCACCCAGAGACAUACCUCUCUGUGGCCGUGGACGAAUUUCCCAACUUUCUACUCAUUGGCGGGCCAAACUCGGGCCUCGGCUCUGGUAGUCUCCUCAGUGUCUUUGAAGGACAAGGCGACUACGCAGUCAAGGUGAUUCGCAAACUACAAAAGGAGGAUUACUCCACCUUUGAGGUCAGACCGGAGCGUGUUGCUGACUUUAGUCACUACAUCGAUGAGUACUUCAAGCGGACCGUCUACACAGAUGACUGUUCGUCGUGGUAUCGGUCAAACACCACAGGAUCACGGAUCGUCGGUCUGUGGCCUGGAUCGUCGGCACAGUGUCUCGAGGUCUUGCGGGCUCCACGAUGGGAGGAUUACGUCUUUGACAGCGCUGAUCCUACCGGAAAUCUCUUGCGAUGGCUCGGCGACGGCUCUAGCUUGACCCUCACAGAGGGCGAUCCGUCCUGGUUUUUGGAGUAUGAGGCUACUGAUGCACCUCAGGAGGGAAAGCCCGAAGAAGGCGAGGUUUAUAGUCGUCGUCCAUUUUCUCACUAG